CGGGCACUUAGGCUUCUCCUCGUUCGAACUUCCGACUUACAAUUAGCGAUUAAUUUUUGGCUCCCGACAUCGAAGCCUUCAUGAAGAAUUCAAAAUGACUUCCUAACUACAAUUAAUGGCGAUUACAUAAUUUUUCUGGAAGCUCGACGAGAGAUGCAGUAAAUCAAUUUCUACUCGUUGUCAGAUUUUCCGCGGUUUUAUCUCCCGCGCGUCAUGCGCGCCUAAUAUCGCGACCUGCCUCUUGAGAUCCGAAUUCGCGGCUCAUUUCAGCUCGAUUGUCUCGCGGGCGGGAAUUUUAAGUCGGAAUCAAAUCGCCCGCCAACCUCCUGGCGACUCCUGUUCUCCCGAUAACUUCGAUUUUUCGAAGGUAUCGAGAGCACGUGUUCUAGCUCUCACCUAACCUAUUGUGCAAUUGUCGGAAUGAGGCAAAUAAUUAUUACGUGUUUGCGUAAAUACAGAGGCAUUUCGGCGUAUUGCACGGAACGAAACGAUAUGGGGCGUAUUAUAAUACGUUAUAUACAUUCCAGAAAGGUGCAUAUUAUUUGAAACUAUAACGUUGCAUGUCAUUACGAUACUUCUACUCUUCCAUUUUUAGAUUAUCGUUGCAUUUUUUACAUCCUAAUUCUACAAGUCGCUACAUUUAACAUUUUACAGGUUUCACGGGACUUGAUAAUUUUUCAUCUCGGCUUUCGUAAAGGAUUUGAAAUAAAAGAAUCUAAGGUUAAGUAAUGCGAGGGAAGCAUGUUCAAUUAUACGCUCUGUGAACCUCUUCAGAUGAAUUUUUCAGCGCUACUGGACCGACGAUCCGCGGCAGUUCUUUCAAUGGAUCGAAGCCGCUCACCGCAGUCUUCUCAAGAGAUGAAAUCGCUCGACCUUGAAGACACUCGUCGCCCGCGCGAUCAGCGACGCUCUAGAAAAAUCGCAUCCAUCCACCAAUUUGGUGCGCGAUCGCCAAGUUACUUUCCAUUCUCCAGGUGAGGGCCGGGUCCCUCGAGGGUCGCGAACGCGAGGAUGGGAGCGCGCAAAGCGGGCAGACGUCGCGGCGUUAUCGCGCGGCGUGGAUCUCCUGCACGUCGCGCCGUGAUACGUAUAAAAUGUCGACGUGAGCGGGGUCUCUCGGCUCUCUCGUUGGACGUACGCCGCCGCGAUGCCGUCGCCGAUGAACCGCCGACACCGGAUCCGCGUCGCGACCCUCGCCCUGAGCUGCUGCCUCGCGCUGGCGAACGCGUUCGUCAGGCCGGACGACAAUCCCGACAUCGAGCUCACGACGCCGGAACUGGUGACCAAGUACAGGUAUCCCUUGGAGAUUCAUGAUAUCGUAGCGAAGGACGGCUACGCUCUUCAGCUGCAUCGAAUACCGCGCGGCCGGGACGAUGAGGAGGAAGCCAAGUCCAGGAUGAAAACGCCGAUACUCCUGGUACACGGUCUGGGAGGCAGCUCCGCCGAUUGGGUCCUUAUCGGUCCUGGAAAGUCCUUAGGUAGGGCCUUACUUGUGUUCUGUAAAACAGAACGUUUCAAGUAUAAUCUCGACAUUUCCUUGAACAAGGUAACACAACGGGGAGUUGUUCUCUUUCUAGCGUACAUAUUAGCCGACGCGGGCUACGAUGUGUGGCUCGGAAAUAACAGGGGCAACAUUUACUCGAGAAACCACACCUCGUUGUCGCCGACCGAUCGAGCUUUCUGGGACUUCAGUUAUCACGAACUUGGUAUCUACGAUCUUCCCGCGAUGAUCGAUUACGUUUCUUAUACGACGGGACACGAGAGGAUCUAUUAUGUCGGCCACUCGGAAGGUACAACGCAGUUCUGGGUGAUGGCAUCGGAAAAACCCGAGUACAAUUCGAAGAUCAUUCUGAUGAUCGGUCUGGCGCCCGCAGCCUUCAGCGGUAACAUUCGCGGACCGAUCAGGAAGCUCGCCAAGUUGACGUACUUCGGCGUGUGGGUCGGCGAGACUUUCGGAUAUCCGGAGUUCCGUUCGCGGACCGACUGGGGAAAAUUCGUAUCGAACCUAUUCUGCCAGAAAGCGGCGUCCACGCAAUUCAUUUGCAGCAAUAUCCUGUUUCUGGUCGUUGGAUUCAGUCGUGCGGAAUUGAACACGGAGAACCUAACGGUCAUCAUAGGCCACGUGCCCGCAGGAGCAUCCUGGAAGCAAUUCGUGCAUUACGGCCAGGGAUAUAUUAACGCAGGACGCUUCAGGCAAUACGACUACGGCAAUGUCGACAAAAAUCUUCGGAAGUACAAUUCGACGACGCCGCCGGAUUAUCAAUUGGAAAAAAUCACAGCGCCGAUCGCGCUCUUCAGUAGCGAUAACGAUUGGCUGGCAACAACGAAGGACGUAGAAGUCUUGUCUGCCAAACUCAGCAGUGUCGUGUUUCAUUACAAGACUCCACCUAACGCUACCUGUAAUCAUUACGACUUCAUAUGGGGAAAGUCCUCUGUGCAAAUGGUAUCGCGGCCUAUUUUGCAAUUACUGGCCCAAUAUCAAUAGCGACGCCGUUUCUG